UUGAUUUACAAUACAUGAUCUUAAUUUAUAUAAUAAAAUUUAUACUUGUAUAAAAAAUAAUUACUUAUAUGCCAAUAAUAAUUUAAAUAUUAUGUAUUAUUAAUCUAGAUUGGAUCACAUUGAGCAAUUCAAAAUUAGUUAAGAGAGUUUAUACUAAAGAUAUCAAAUUAGUUUUGAAUUAAUUUAAAAUAAAAUUUUAUACUUAGAGAAAAUCAUGGGAACAAGUUACAGACAAUGUAUUAGUGAUAUUAAAAAAUCGUUAUUAUUAAAUAAUAAUUUACAUGGAUUUGAAUCUGAAAAACAAGAGCUGUUACAAGUUGUAAAGAAAACUACUGAAUUUGGUGAAAGUGAUUCCAUCAUCAUUUUAGGACAAAAAGGAUGUGGAAAAUCAAUUUUAGUUAAAUCUGUUUUGAAACUACUUUUACCGUCGUCUCAUACACUGGUUAAUUUAGAUGGUUUAAUUCAUACUGAUGAUAACUUAGCUUUAAAAAGUAUUAUACAACAGUUACAGAUGGAAAAUUUAGAUGGAGCUUGUGUUGAAGGAUCAUUUGCUGAUAAUAUAAUAUUUUUACUUGAGAGUUUCCAAGCAGGGGACAGAAGUGGGUCAAAAUCAAUAAUUAUGGUCUUGGAUAGAUUUGAUUUAUUUUGUACUCAUACUAAUCAAACUUUAUUGUAUAAUCUAUUUGAUGCAGUUCAAUCCCAACAAAACCCUAUAUGUAUUAUUGGUAUGACAUCUCGUAUCGAUGUUACAGAAUUAUUAGAAAAACGUGUAAAAUCUCGGUUUUCUCACAAUUUAAUAAUGCUUAAACCACCAGCAGAUUAUAAUAAAAUUUUAGACAGGAUGAAAUGUUUAUUAAAAAUAGAAAGAAAAUACAAAAUAAAGCAAGAUAUUUGUGAUAAUUGGAAUAAUAGUAUUGAAGAAUUGGUAUCUGAUAUCAAAAUUAAAAAUAUGGCAAAAGAUUUACUAAAACUUAGCAACAGUAGUAUAAAACUCAAUACAAUCAUUUUUAUGGCACUUUCAAAUCUUAAUCUUGAAUCAAAUAACAAUAUAUUAACUGCUGUUGAUAUAGUUGAUAGUUAUUGUACCCUGUUCAAAAAAGAUAUUAUACUUAUAAAUUUAUUAGGUCUAUCUGUAUUAGAAUUUUGUUUAAUGAUUGCAAUAUGUCAUCAUUCAGAAAUAUAUGACAAAGAGCCUUUUAACUUUGAGAUGAUAUAUUCUCGAUAUUGUAAGUUUGCCUCUCGUAAUUCUACAUUAUUAUUAACCAAACGACAGGUUGUAAUGAAAGCUUUUGAAAGAAUUGCUACGAUACAACUUAUUAUUCCUGUUGUAAUUGUUGAAAAUAAAAAUGUUUUGAAAGAAUAUAGACUUUAUAAAUGUUCUCUUAAUUUGGAUAAAAUUAGAACAGCUUCUAACAAUUACUAUAGACUACCUCCAGUAAUAUUACAGUGGAUAGACAGUAACAUUAUUUAGAUAAAAUUUCCAUUUUCAAUACAAUCUUAUGAACACAUAUAUUUUAUAUUCAAAAUAUUAUAAUUUAAUCCAAUGUAUUAUAUAUGAAAUAUAUUAUUACUAAUAAAUCACUGUCUUAGUAUAUUGUACCAAUU